GCCUGAAACAAGCUUUGUUUCCAGAUGCUGGGCCGGUGGGAGGGCAAACUGGGAAAUGCUCUGAUUGUAACUGGUAAUGAUGGCGGAUGCAUCGGAGGCAGACGCACUAACAAAUGAUAACGAGGACUGCGAGAAAAUAGACGCAGACAAGAGCCGGUUUCCUUAUUGCAUCGUUUGGACGCCCAUUCCGGGCUUGUCGUGGCUGCUGCCGUUCAUUGGCCACAUGGGAAUCUGCACGUCCUCCGGUGUGAUUCGAGAUUUUGCUGGGCCCUACUGUGUCUCUGAGGACGACAUGGCUUUUGGCAGCCCCACGAAGUACUGGAGGCUGGACGUGAGCAAGGUGUGUGGACGGAGCCCUGAGGCGUGGGACGCGGCCGUGCGCGACGCGUCGGAGCAGUAUGGGCACAAGAUGCACAUCCUCUGCUGUGACAACUGCCAUUCCUACGUGGCCUUGGCCCUGAACCUGAUGCGCUACGACGGCAGCUCCACGUGGAACAUGAUUAACCUCUGCCUCCUCUCCCUGCUCCACAGCAAGCACGUCAGCAGCAUUGCAGGCUCCCUGAAGACUUGGUUGCCCUUCCUGCUCUUAUAUGGGGUCAUUAUCACAGUCACCGUGGUCCUCAACGUGCGCUAAUAGGCUGGGGGGUGAGGAAGAGGAGGAGGAGGAGGAGGGGGGGUGUCCAGUGAGGUGCCAUGUGGAACUCAAGCAUGAAUCCGCAUUAAGCUUCUGUACAGUGAGAUCGGCAUAGAAUCCCACACACCGGCAUGUGGGAGAGCCCUCGAUGACCACCGCUGUUUGACUAUGUAUGUGUGUGUGUGUGUGUGUAUUGGGGGGACGUGUCCUCAUAAACCCCCCCCUUCCCCAACAAGUACACUGACAUGUUCCACAAGAAGUUAAUUAACUGCAGGUGCUUGUUUCAAUGAUCCACAGCUUUUUAAUUAGAGGGGGUAUAUCUGGAGCUCCGGGUUCCGAGUCCAGUUCCGUGUUAUUCCCAUGACAUGCUGGCAUUGUUGUCUCCCUGCUAUGGUUCCGCGACAUGACGCCUGGCAGUAACCAGCCCGCCGUCUACUUCCGGCUUUGAAUUAGGGCCCUAUUUUCAGGUCUGCCCCCAGAAUUCUGCUGCUUGCUGUUUAGGAGUGUGUCAGCCAGGGUGAUCUUCACACCUGUGUCACACACACGCUCAGUGUUUGUGCGAUAUCAGGCUUAUGCGAUGGCUGAGCUAAUAUCUGCUGAGAGUAGUGUGCGCGUGUGUGUGCUCUAUGAUUAAGUGGAAUAGAUGUAUUGCUGCUUUAUACCAUAUGCUUCCUAGGAUGGGCUCCAGACCCACUCGUGACCCAAUGCAGGGUAAGUGGUUGAAAGAUGGAUGGAUGGACGGAUGGAUGCCAUACAAAUGAAUUCAACCACGUGAACGUUCAUUAAAUGUUGAUUAUACUGGACAUCUAGUACUCUGUCAUGAUCUUGAUGUGCAGUAUUCAUUUAUUUGUUUAUCGUAUUUCCUGCUAUGGCGUGAAAACCAAAAACAUUCACCAUUGAAACCUUUCUCUUCUUCAUGAAAUUCAUUAAAUUACUACAGUUUUAUCAAAAUACAACUAUGAGAUAUGAAGUUUUUCUCCUUAUUUCCCAAUUCAUCCAUUAACAGACCAACAUUUUAGACACUCCCCCCCCCCCCCCCAUUUGAGAAUGGAGUAUAUCCUAUUAGCAUAAAUGUAAUCCUUUUCAUUAGCUGAAUUUAUGAAAUUACUGUCCCAGAACAUUAACCUGGUUUGUGGUUGUCGCUCCUCACAUUGGCCACGCCUGGCUAAAGUCAUCAGACGUCGGGUGAACCAAUCGUGUGUGUCUCAGGGGUCUUGGUGGGUCUGAGUGCGGGUAGGUUUGCAGCUUGCCCGAGCACUUCGGCUCUGCUGAGCUAAUUAUUAUGCCCAGUGGUCCGAUGCAGCCACAUCUCUCCCCCCGCCAAAGCUGCCAGUGGCUUACAGAGAGCAGGAAGCGGGACAUUCCCGGGUCCGCCAGCACCACGGCCCAGACCCAUACGCCCCUGUGUCCUCCUCCUGGAUAAAGGACCAUGAGCAACGGGGUGGACAUUGUUCUCGACGCCUAUGAAACCUCUGAUGUUAGCGGGGGAGUGUCAGUCCUCUUUGAAAGUUACGAUGGAGAUAAGCUGGCUAGAUAUUGGGAGGCUUAAAUGCCUUCCUUUUGGGGUUUCUCUCUUAAUCUGAAAUUCUUUUCCCAGUCUUCCAGACACUACCUCAGGAGUUUGUAUAUCAGCUGUGACUCUUACAUCCCUGACAUGCUCUGGUUAGAAACACAGCUGUGACUCUCUUACGUCCCUGACAUAUUCCAGUUAGAUGAACGGCUGUGACUCACUUAUAUCAUUGACAUACUCCAGUUAGAUGCAUGGCUGUGACUCACUCAUGUCCCUAACAUACUCCAGUUAGAUGCACAGCUGUGACUCUCAUACACCAGAACUCAGACUACAUCAAAUUAGAUCAGGUCCGGAUCAGAGCUUUGAUUAGACUCUUUUAGAACCUUUCCUGCUUUAGUUCACAGCUAUGACUCUGU